AUGAGUUGCAACACAGACGUUGUAGCAGAAGCUACUACAGAUCCUGCCAAGCUAGAAUCGGAACAUGUUCAUGUGGUGUAUGAUCAAAUUGCUAACCAUUUUAGCGCUACUAGAUACAAGCCUUGGCCUGUGGUGGAUGCUUUUCUAAAAGAAAUGCCAGCCGGAUCACUGGGUGCAGACAUUGGCUGUGGAAAUGGGAAAUAUCUUGGCAUCAAUCCAGAUUUAUUUGUGCUUGGUUCUGAUAGGAGUUUAAAUUUGAUCAAUAUCUGUCAUGAUAGAGGGUUUGAGGCAAUGGUUUGUGAUAACCUCUCGUUGCCUUACAGAUCCAAUUCUUUUGAUUUUGCCAUUUCUAUUGCCGUCAUCCAUCAUUUUGCUACACCUCAACGACGCAAAACAGCCAUCAAGGAACUGUUCAGAAUCUUGAGGCCAGGUGGCCGUGCGCUUAUUUUUGUAUGGGCACUGGAACAAGAGAGUAAAAGUAAGAGGCAGUAUACUUCACAGGAUGUGUUUGUACCAUGGAAAAUGCCUAGACGGAUUUAUGCCGCCAAAGUAGAUGAACAAGAGAGUCAGCAGCAAACACGGCAAGAUUCAGAUCUGAUCUACCAAAGGUACUAUCACAUGUUUACAAAGGGAGAGUUGGAUGAACUGGCAGAGGAGGUGGCAGCAGGGAGCGUGGUUAUGAGUGGAUAUGAUUGUGAUAAUCAUUAUGUUAUAAUACAAAAGCCCAUUCCGUGA